GUGGAUAAAUUCCUAACCAAACAACAGUCAUAUCUUGCUUCAUAUAGGACCUACUUUGACCCUUGCUUAUCGGUAAACGAAAGGUUUAUAGGUAGCAUGUAAUCACUUACCUGGUAACAGAAAGGCAACGCACUGGGUAAACACCGCAGCUCAAGGCAGAGAACAGUGAUAUCACUGCAUCUCCCUGACUUGCGUCUUUGCCAAGUAGUCGGGUUACGCUUUACCACAAUGGGACAGCGGGGAUCGAGACCCCAACCCGAGGCCCGAGUUCUCCUAUUGGGUCUCGACUCAGCGGGGAAAUCAACCCUUCUUUACAAACUGAAAUAUAACGAAUCGGUCAAUACCGUUCCCACCAUCGGUUUCAAUGUGGAGAUGAUAGAAGCCAAGAAGAAGAGGGAGACAGUUGCUCUGACCGUGUGGGACGUGGGCGGCCAGAAUACAAUGAGGCACUACUGGAAGAGCUUCUAUCAGGACACUGCUGGACUGGUGUUCGUGGUGGACAGCUCAGACAGGCGCCGGUUGGACGAGGCCCGGCGGGAACUAGAUCACGCCCUGAGGAGUGAAUUCUUACGGGGUCUGCCUUUGGUCAUCCUCGCCAACAAGCAGGACCUUCCCGAGGCCGUAUCCGUCACGGAGAUAACCGAGCGCUUUCACCUGAGGACGAUGAGCGUUGAGCGGGACUGGUUUGUUCAGCCCUGCUCUGCCGUGACCGGUGCUGGGCUUAUAGAGGGCUUCCAAAAGGUGGCACACCUGCUCAAACUACCAUCAGAGGACGUUCAAGACAAUAUUAAAGAGACAGUGCAGUAUCUACGAUCAAAAUCAGUCACGUCAAGGGGUUUGUAAUGUUUGCAAUGAUAGGAUAUGUCAAAAGUUAUUGACAAAUGAUGAUCAUUUGUUUUUAUUGUUUACGGAUGAAGAUCACAUUUCACUCUAUGAUCAAUGUGUUUCUUGAAAAGGUUGUCACAGUGCAAUAGACUACAUGGAAACGAAAUCAAUCCACGAAGCUAUUCAAUUGACUUUAAAUCAGCCUAUGACAUUUUUUCCAACUAAAUUUAAUACGUUUGUAUCAGAUGAUUUCCUCUGAGAAAUAUGGUCAUAAAUAAUGUUAAGUCGCCUAUAGACCUAAUAAUUAACAUGUCAUUAUGGACUUUGGGGAGCAAUGCGUUAAAACACACCCCAAAUGGUCAAAUUCACUUUUCAUCUUUUAUGUAGACCUAUAAGUUAAUAUAUAUGUCUUGUAUCUAAUAAAAUGUCUUCCCUACAUGCUA